CUCGGUCGACCCCGCGCGCAGCCGGCGGCCGGCCCGGCGGGCGUCAUGGGCGGCCUCUUCGGACGCGGAGCGCUGCGGGGGCUGCUGUGCGGCCCGCGGGCCCCCGGGCCCAGCCUGCGCGCGCGCCCCAGCUCGGGAGGGCCCUCCUGGACCCGGGAGCGGACCCUGGUCGCGGUGAAGCCAGACGGGGUGCAGCGGCGGCUUGUUGGGGAUGUGAUCCAGCGCUUUGAGCGGAGGGGCUUCAAGCUGGUGGGGAUGAAGAUGCUGCAGGCGCCAGAGAGCAUCCUUGCUGAGCACUACCACGACCUUCGGAGGAAGCCCUUCUACCCUGCCCUCAUCAGCUACAUGAGCUCCGGGCCCGUGGUGGCCAUGGUCUGGGAGGGCCCCAAUGUGGUCUGCACCUCGAGGGCCAUGAUAGGGCACACUGACGCGGCUGAGGCUGCCCCUGGCACCAUCCGGGGAGACUUCAGCAUCCACAUCAGCAGAAAUGUCAUCCACGCCAGCGACUCCGUGGAGGGGGCCCAGAGAGAGAUCCAGCUGUGGUUCCAGAGCGGCGAGCUGGUGGACUGGGCAGAUGAAGGCCACCACAGCAGCACCUACCCGGCUUGAAGCUCAGGCUGCCCGCGGCCACGCCAGCAUCCACCCAGGACCAACUACCUCUGUCGACAAGAACUUGAGCCCACACCCACGCUCUGCCCAUCUAUCCCAGACCAGCUCCCUGUCCACUUUCUGCCCCAGCCCAGCCCAGAGGGGUUGAGCCACCAACCUAAUGUGCCUUUUAGUAUCUUAAGCCAGCAAGAGACUGGAGCAAAUCCUUUCUCUACCAAAGUGCCAGACAACCUUUGGGGUGUCUCCAAAAGAGGGUAGUGUGACCUCCCCUCCCCCAAAAGAGGGGCAUUAAAAGUCACUGUGCUGUGGGGGGGGGGUAGUGGAGCGCUCAUUAUGACUUCCACCAUCUCUGAGGUAGGAAGGAGGCCUUUAUGCAGAGUUGUAAGCAGUUGAGAGUGGAAAUGAAGCUUACCCUCUCUCACACCAGUAGGGAACCAAUAACUUUGCUGAAUGUAUGAGACAGGCAGAGGUUCAGAGACCUCCAGCCUGAAAUCGGGGAAUCCAAGCAGAGCCCCUGAGCUGGUGCUGUCCCAGCCCCAACUCUGAUCCUGCUGAAGGAGGAGCUGCCUGCCUUGGGCAGGACAGGAGGGUGGCAGGAAGGGGUAGGUGUAGGGGGUGCAUGGGGCUGAGGGUGGGGUGAGACCACCCCCAGGGCAGAAAGCCUGGUGAUCUUGGCCCCUCCUCUUCAUGGCCUUGUGUAGCUGAGGCUGCCUGGAGCUGUGUGGUUGUUUUCACGUCACGUUGACACUACACAUAUCACACCUCACCUGGUUGCCAGGUGUGUCCGUGGUCACUCAUCACAGGUACUGGACUCUGCACAUCAUUAUACCUGCUGAGGUUGACUUGCUCUUCACUCCACUUUUUGACAUGUUGGUGAGGGAUGCCUGGAUCCUGGAUUCACAGCGUCAGUUUGUGGAAAUUAAUCACAGAAACCUUAAUUAAGUUGGAGUGGGGAGGGCCUGUAGGGGGAGCUCACACCCCCAUCACAUCCUCAAUUACACCGAGCAGCAAGAGAGGGACACUUGCAUCAUGGAUGGUAAAUAAAACUACUUUACUACUGAAGGAAGAUUUCUCUCCUCACCGGGUGACCGCCCAGCCAAUGAGAAGCGCUCCAGCUCAGCCAAUGAGAAGCGUUACUGCCCUGAACUGUUACUUCCCCCCAAUGGACUUUCCUUUAGGACAGCCCCUCCCUACUCCCCCUUUUCUAUAUAAAGUCAGCUCCCUCCCUUGUUUUCCGAAGUUGUUUUUGGUUUGCGAUAGCAUGCACAUCCCAAGUUGCAAUUCUUUUGGUUAUUCCCAAAUAAACUCAUUUUGAGAUGAA